CAAUAUUGGUAUGGGAUGUGCAUUUUCUAAAUCAAGAGGAAAAGCUAAUUCUAUGGACUCACAAAACUCACAAACAGAAUUUCGGUAUAUUGAUGGUAGAAGAUUUCAUAACGUAAAAAAUGCUGUAUACCAAGUACCAAACGAUGAUGAUGAAAUAGAUAGAUUACAUUUACAACAUUUUAUAAUGAGAUAUGUCUGGCAAAGCAAUUUCUCUGCUCCUAUCGAACAUAUUUUGUCUAAACCUGGUGCCAAAAUCCUUGAUAUCGGAUACCCAUUAGUAAAGGUUAUUGGAUUAGAUAUAUCUCCGCACCAACCAACUCAGAUAAAACCUAAAAAUUUUGAAUUCGUUAAAGCAAAUGCACAAGAAAGAUUACCAUUUGGCGAUAACACUUUUGAUUUUGUAUUUCAACGAUUUUUGGUUGCUGGAUAUGCUAAAGAGAAGUGGCCAUAUGUGAUAAAUGAGAUUGUUAGAGUUUUAAAACCAGGCGGAUUCUUAGAAUUAUAUGAACCUUCUAAAAUGAUUGAUGGAGGACCAGUUACUCAACGUUUAUGGAAUGGUCAACGAGGCGGCGAUUGGGAUAUAUAUCUAAAAUUAGAGAAAUAUUUACAAAGCCAAGGGCAAGUGAAAAAUAUUAAAAAAGAGAUGAAAAAAUGCUAUUUUGGCGUAAAUCACAACAAUAUUGAACUUAGUAAAGCGCUUGUCAAUAAUAUGGUUACUGCUUAUGUUUCUCUUAAACCUGUUUUAAAAGAAAGAAUGCAAAUUUCUGAUGAAGAAUAUGAUAAGUUGACUAAGAUAUCAAAAAAAGAACUACUUGAACUUGAUGCUUAUAUUCUUCAUCUUCCAUUUGUUACAUUGGUAUAUUAUGACCAGUUUGAGAAACCUCAUAAGAAAUUAGAUGGUACAUUGGCAAUUCCAUAUACUCUUGACAAUAUAAAAGACUUUAGAAACAUUGAGGAGGAAAUUUUAUCAUGUACUCUUCCCAAACAGUGGGAGAAAAUUGAGCUUGGCCAUAUUUGUUAUCAGCUUUCUAAUACAUCUAAAGCUGAUCAGUAUGAUUUAAAAGCAGAUGGAGCUAUUAUUGCAUUUGUUAUUGAAGCAAAAUAUAAAAAAAUAUUCAGUUAUGUGUUUAUCAGGAACAUAAAGAUGAUAGAGCUAAUAAAAGAAUUCCCAGAUAUUAUUAAUAAAUUAAAUAUUAUUAAAGAAAAAAUUUAUAAAAAUCUUCCAUCAUGUGAUAUACAUAUCCAAGGAUGUUUAAUUUCUGAUGAUGGUCAAUAUUUAAAAUUAGAUAGUGAUAUAGUUACAAUAUGGGCUCUUGAUUCAACUACUAUAUCUGCGGUUGAUUCAACUUUUAUAUCUGGAAUUAAUUUAAUUUCUAUAUCAACUAAAUCAAAACUUUAUUCUGCAACAAUCCAUACUAGAAAGAAAUCACCAUUUAAAACUAAUAUUCAUAUUACUAAUAAUAUGAUAUUUUAG